UGAGGAUCAAGAGAUUCUGCACCCUUAGAGCAAAGAAGAUUCUUCAUAUCAUCUGAGCAGAAAAGAGAAGAAAAGAACCGGGGGAAAAAACAUGAGUUCUUCAAGCACAGAGUCCCUUGAAGUCGAACCCUCAACCUUUUAUGAAUAUUACGACAGUUAUUAUGAUGCUCCAAAACUAUGCAGUAAAGAAGGCGUCAGGAGGUUUGCAGCCUCCUUCCUACCCAUUCUGUAUUCCCUGGUAUUCCUGGUUGGGCUCGCUGGAAACAUUCUGGUCAUCGUGGUCCUCUUCAAAUACAAGAGGCUGAAGAGCAUGACUGAUGUGUACCUGCUAAACCUCGCCAUCUCAGAUUUGCUCUUCGUUUUGUCCUUGCCAUUCUGGUCUUAUUUCACAGUAGACCAAUGGGUUUUUGGAACUCCCUGGUGUAAAAUCAUUUCGUGGAUCUACCUGGUUGGGUUUUACAGUGGGAUAUUUUUUAUUAUGCUUAUGAGCAUAGACAGAUAUCUGGCAAUUGUUCGUGCAGUGCUUUCCUUGAAAGCAAGGACCACCUUCCAUGGCUUGAUUACUAGCCUUGUUGUGUGGCUGGUAGCUCUUUCAGCCUCAGUCCCCGAGCUUGUAUUUAGAGAGUCUUUUAAUGAACAUAAUUUUACUACCUGCAAGCCGAGAUUUCCAGGCAAUUUCACAACAUGGAAGCUUUUUUCCACUUUGGAAGUCAACAUUUUAGGGCUCCUAAUCCCUUUUAUAAUUAUGACAUUUUGCUACUCCAUGAUCAUUAAAACAUUAGUUCACUGUAGAAAUGACAAAAAGAAUAAGGCUGUGAAGAUGAUUUUUGUUGUCAUGAUUGUGUUUUUCUUUUUUUGGACCCCCUACAACAUUGUUAUUUUCUUACAACUGCUGGAAUUUAUGGGCGUCAUUAAAGACUGUCAAGUGAGCAGGAGUCUGGACUAUGCUUUCCAGGUAACGGAAAUCCUCGGCCUUUUUCACUGCUGCCUCAACCCAGUCAUCUACUUCUUCAUGGGGGAGAAAUUCAAGAAGUACCUGAAGAUGCUCUUUAAGAACUGGCAGUUGCCAGGGUAUUUCUGCAAGUGGUGUGGAGUUCACAUCACCUACCACACUGAAUCUACCAGCUCAUUCCACACACAGUCUACAGGGGACCAAGACGCUCUGUAACGCAUUUCAGACCAGCCACUGAACUCAGCAGCAAGCAAACUGACAACAGCAGGGACUUCAAAAAGCAGGAACUUCGAACAGCAGGAACUUUGAAAAGCUAAGCAAAUGCAGACACAUUUAACAAUAAGCUAGUGCCGGAUAAUUACUUCAGCUUUAUUUGUGCCUCUAGAUUUUCCGAGUAUUAUGACAGAAGGUGUCCCAAAUGUGGAAGACUGAGGACGGACAUGCAAGGUUUCUCUGCUGUGAUUACAAAUCACUGCUCAGCUCUGUGCAAAGCACUGCAUUGCGUGGCUUCUUUUUCACCAGCAUCAAGACAUUGAUGGGCAGAGGUGAGAGAACACCUUGUCAUCAGCACAUGCACUUGGGAAAACAUAUCCAUGUAUUCGAGAGGGAUGAUUGUAACCAUACUUUUUUAUUCUGCAGUUGAUCUGUGUAGGACUUGUUCACUUGUGACUCUUAGGCAGCUAUUAGCAGUACCUGCUACAUUUAAAUGUUUUGUUUCAGCGGGGAUGAUAUAUCCCCUGUCAUUAAGAAAAAAGGACAAAAUAUAUUCUCUACGUGCACAAAGACUCAAAGCAAAGACAUUACUUUUCAUUGUAGGUGCAUUU